AUGGAGCAAGUCAAUGCCAGCCUCAUCGCCAGGGGACUCGUUCACGGCGACAGGAUGCCUCUCAUAACGAUGUUUAGCGACUGCGAAGAGCUCGAUGAUGUCCGUUCUACCUCGUGCAUGCAAGCGAAACUACGUGGGUUCUACUCGUUCCAACUCUGCGACGUUGACAUGAAGGCGGUGGCGCCUGCAGAUCGAUUGCUUCGCGAUGCCGUGCUGGAAUCAGGGGAGCUGGAGAAGCACGUGCAACGAGUCAAGGAGCUGGAAUUGAGAGAGAAGAAGGCCGAUGCGGAGCGCGAGAGGAAGAAGGAGGCGAACGCCAAGUCCCAGCGAGAGCGCGAGAGGAAGAACGCCAAGGCCAAGCGUGAAUCCGAGGAGAGGAAAAGGGAUACGGAAGCCAAGGUUAGGCGUGAGGAGCUCGAGGAGAAGAAGAUAGAGGAAGAGGCCAGGGCGAAGCAUGAGCUCGAGGAGGCGGAGCGUGAGCGCAAGGAGAAGAGGAGGGAGGAGAAGGCCAGGGCGAAACGUGGGCUCGAGGAGGCGGAGCGUGAGCGCAAGGAGAAGAGGAGGGAGGAGAAGGCCAGGGCGAAGCGUGAGCUCGAGAAGGCAGAGCGUGAGCGCAAGGAGAAGAGGAGGGAGGAGAAGGCCAAAGCGAAGCUUGAGUUCGAGAAGAAGAUAGCGGAAGAGGCCAGGGCGAAGCGUGAGCUCGAGGAGGCAGAGCGUGAGCGCAAGGAGAAGAGGAGGGAGGAGAAGGCCAGGGCGAAGCAUGAGCUCGAGGAGGCGGAGCGCGAGCGCAAGGAGAAGAGGAGGGAGGAGAAGGCCAAGGCGAAGCUUGAGCUCGAGAAGAAGAUAGAGGAAGAGGUCAGGGCGACGCAAAGCCAGAACAGCGUCAUCAGAAUAGGGCUGCGCAGAAUGAGGGACCACCUUGCUGCCAUGCACCUCACCAUGGAGAUCCUGCUGGUCAGUCUGGACGACGGCGUAGUCCAAGCCGAGGCCAGCGCCUCGGCUGAGGUAGAAGCUCACUCCGGAACCGAAGGCGUGGCGGCCUGCGCUGGGUCCAACGAGUGA